CGAUGUUGACAAAUAUUGCCAGAUAUUCGCAUAUGUUUAAAUAACUCAGUAAGGCGAAAAUUACAUUGAGGACGUAAGGAGUGGCCAAAGUUCAGCACUUCAGCACGGCUACGUCCCAAACCACAUGCUAGCCUCCCAAAUAGCAUGGCAAAACUGUAGGCCAUCUGACGUAAUGUUCUGACAUAAGCCUCCAGUUCUGCUGUUUGGGACGAAGCCGAGGUGUGCGCUCCUGCCAGUGCAAAGGCGACUCCUCACUUGUACGUGUAAAGACAAUCGGUUCAUCUGUUCUGUUUCCAAACGGAAUCCUCUCAACAUGGAUAAGUUUCGGAUGAUGUUCCAGUUCUUACAAGCUAACCAGGAGUCUUUUAUGAACGGGAUAUGUGGUAUCAUGGCCCUGGCGAGCGCACAGCUUUACUCCACGUUUGAGUUCACCUGUCCGUGUCUGCCGGAGUAUAAUUACGCGUACGCUGUCGGGAUUAUGAUCGUUCCUCCACUAUGGUUCUUCAUGCUCGGCUACGUGCUGAAUAAUAACAUCUCGGUGCUGACUGAGGAAUGGAAGAGGCCCAUAGGUCAGCGGCAGAAGGAGCCCUCUGUGCUGCGCUACAUGCUGUGCUCCAUGACCCAGCGCGCGCUCAUCGCUCCCUCCGUGUGGAUCGCCGUCACGCUCAUGGACGGCAAGAGCUUCAUAUGCGCCUACAGCGCCAAGGUCGAUCUGAGCCAGUUCUUAAACAAAAGCAGCGUGUUUAUGCCUGAUAAAGAUCUGGAGAGAAUACUGGCGACAAUUCCCUGCAAAAAUAUCUUCGACGCAAAUUAUGUCAUCAACAGGGAGGCAGCAUCCAGGUAUAUUCGGGUUAUGUCGCAGUCAAGUCGUGUACAUUUAGGCCCUCCGUAA